UGUAACCGCGCCGGUUGAGAUUACCGCUACGCCGCUACGUUCGCGCCGCGUUCUGAUUCAAUCGUUUACGUAUUAAAGAACCUUCGUAUGAUUUGUGACGACUAUUUGUGAUUCGUUCUUGUGUGGUUUGUGUUGUGAUAAUUGUGACUGUGAGUUUUCUACGAGGUGUUAGAACAUUCUGGAAGCUGUGACGUCAUGGAGACUCCGUUGUUUUGAUGUGAACGGGGAAUUAUUUGAAUUUGGAAGUGUUGUGAUGUCUCGGCAUUAGUGAUGAGACUGUUUAUGUGAAGAUGGGAACGUUGUGGUUCGGGGUCACGUUGCUCAUUUGUUGGAUCUCUGAUGCCAUAGCACUUCGAGAUGUGCAACUCAUAGCCCCAUCAGCAGUAAAACUUGGUGACACAGUGCUUCUUGGCUGCAAAUGGACCCUAGAAGGGAAUGAAACGUUAUAUAGUGUAAAGUGGUAUAGGGGGAGGCAAGAGUUCUUCAGUUACCUGCCUAAGGAGUAUCCGUUCACAAGGAUCUUCGCACAACCUGGGAUCGAUGUUGAUGUGUCAAGAUCGACAUCCCAGCAAGUGGUUUUACGUGAGGCGACGCGUGCACUCGCCGGCAGAUACCGCUGUGAAGUGUCGGCCGACGCUCCUUCCUUCCACACUCAAGUGCGGUCAGCAUACAUACAUGUCGUUGAACUGCCUCCAGACAAACCGACGAUAAAAGCGGAGAAAGGAUGGUAUGCGUCAGGUGACUCACUCAGAGCACAAUGCUCGUCACCACCGGCAGACCCUCCUGCCAACCUGACGUGGCUGCUCAAUGGAAGAGAUAUCCAAGGCAAGCCAAUAAUUCAGCAGAGAAUCCUGCCAAGUCCUGUGGUGUCAAUAGAUGCUCCCCACAACUUCAGAAGUACCGCAACUCCUGGUGAUGAGCACAACAACAUCAUAUUCAGCCCAUGGAAGGCAUUUGGACCCUUUGUGGAUACCAUACAGGAGGGUGAAUUAUUACCAAGUCAAGACACGGUCGUGUUGCCUUCGCCCAGACAUCACGACAGCUCUAUAGAUGAAGACGCCACAGAUCCCAUGCCGACUGUAGCGGCAUCUAAUAAGGUGGCUUCAAUAAGCCAACUAUCCUUCAUGGUAAGGCCAGACAGCUUCGAGCGAGGCCAGUUACGACUGACCUGCAUCUCCACAGUCCACUCGGUGUACAGCGAACAAGCCGAGCUGGUCAUCAAUGAGGAGCGGCCUCAGAUCGCUUCGGUCCUUGGGACCAGGGAUUCAGCAGGAGGUCCAGUGGCAGCAUCGCUGCUACUUUUACUGGUCAGCUGUAUGUUUACAAUGCCUGACUUCAUACUGAGAAACAUCCUGCGAUGAUGUCUGGCUUCGGACGACUGGGAUUCUCCGAUUUUAAUGUAAAUAAGAGGGAUUUUUAAAUAUAAUAACUGAGUUUUAAGUUAAAAUAAUAAUUAUACUGUAGUGUAGGUAACCGUUAAACGUAUACGGGUAUGUCAACUAUAAUACGUGGUGAACUUUAUAUUACUGAUAUUUUAAAAUUUGUUUCAUAUCAUACAUCAACAGCCUAUGAAUGCCCACUGCUAAACAAAAGCCACUUCUCACACGCAGAAGAUUGCAGGU